UUGGUACAUUUUAUCAAUCGUUUUUUAAGCCCAGUCCUAGAGUAGCUAUGGAUAACCAUCAAAAAUAUGGCAAAAUUUACGGUCUAUUUGUUGGCAGCAAACCAGUGCUCUGUAUGUCUGAUCCGGAUGUCAUCAAAAAUAUAUUGAUUAAAGAUUUUCAUUGUUUUGUCGAUCACUUUGACUUUACAUCCGGUGAUCCAAUUAAUGACAGAUCGCUGUUCAUUCUUAAAGGCGAUGACUGGCGACAAAUGCGAGCCAUUAUUAGUCCAACAUUUUCUUCGGGCAAAAUGCGUGCAAUGCAUCCAUUGAUCAUUGAUUGUGUUAAUCGUUUGGAGACCUAUUUAGACACAAAGUUAGAUAACAGUUAUAGUAGUAGUAGUAGUAGUAGUAGUAGUAGUAGUAGUAGUAGUAGUACUGGUAAACCUGUAGUGGAAGUGGAGCUCAAGAAGUUGAUGUCCAAUCUGACAAUGGAUGUGAUAGCUUCGUGUGUAUUCUCUACCCGUAUCGACACAUAUAGCGAUCAGAAGGGCAACAAUUUCAUGAUAAAUGCUGAAUACUUUUUUAAGCCAAGUCCCAGAUUUUUACUAUCGAUUAUAAUCAACGCAACGGUUCCCAAGUCUAUCAAAUGGAUCCGAUUUUCAUCAUUUAGUAAAUCGGUUACCAAUUUCUUUAGCGAUGCUAUCCAAACUAUAAUUAGUCAGCGAAACAGCAAUAAAAAUGUCAAAUAUAGAGAUUAUUUACAACUUAUGAUUGACGCCAAACAUCGACCCGAAGAUACAACAAAGUCAGACAAAGUUGAACAAAAUGACAGUAUUUUUGAUACCACACAGUCAUCUGAUCCGUCAUCGCAUGUCUUGUCGACCAAUAAGCCAAAGAUGACAAUCACUGAUACAGAUAUAGUGUCCACUUCUAUAUUAUUUUUUGCCGCCGGUUACGAAACAACGGCAACAAUACUAUCAUUUCUAUUGUAUUUGUUGGCAUUGAAUGAAAAUUGUCAGCAAAAACUGUACGAAGAAGUGAAUGGUCAGACAGUGAAGAAUGAAACCAAUAGUUACGAUAAUCUAACAAAACUGUCAUAUCUUGAGGCCUGUAUUGCGGAAACACUUAGACUUUAUACACCAGUUUCGCUAUUAGGAAGAACAGCCUCAGAGGACUAUACCAUAGAAAGCAUAGGUAUUACUAUACCGAAAGGUAUGCAAAUUAAUUUGGAUGUCGUAAGCAAUCAUCACAAUCCCGACUACUAUCCCGAACCCGAUCGUUGGAAUCCCGAACGGUUUAUGCCCUACAAUCGGGAUAAGUUAGUUCCCUAUACUUAUAUGCCGUUUGGUUUGGGUCCCAGAAAUUGUGUGGGAAUGAGGUUUGCAUUGAUGGAAAUGAAGACAGCCAUCGUUUAUCUGAUCACAAAAUAUAGAUUUGUUAAGACAUUGAAUACUAAGCCAUUGACCAGAGAUAUGAUGAAAAAACUUUCACCAAUUGUUAAUUACGGCGAUCUUUAUGUUGGAAUCGAUUAUUUGACCAAAAAUUUUAACUACUGGUCAUCCCAUGGCGUAAACGGUCCGAAACCGGUCGUAUUGUUUGGCAAUAUUUGGGAGUUGUUUGUCAAACGAUUUCAACUGAUAGAAGAGGACCGCACAUAUACGGGUAAAAAUCCAGUACUGAAUGUGGCCGAUCCCGAGCUCAUCAAAAACAUUAUGGUUAAAGAUUUUCACAUUUUUGUCAAUCGUCAAGACUCGGGAUCAGUUGAUGAAGUAUUAGAUCAUUCAUUGCUUGGCGUUCGCGAUGACGAAUGGAAAAGACAGCGAUCUAUUGUGUCGCCAUCAUUCACGACCGGAAAGUUAAGAAAAAUGAUGACACUGGGCGACCAUUGCAUCGAAAGUGUCGACCGAGUAUUAUAUAAGGUGGCCACUGAUGGUAAUGAAAUCGAGUUAAAGAAUCUGAUGGGUAAUUAUACAAUGGAUGGUAUAGCCAGCUGUGCUUUUGCCACCAAAACCGACACCCAUAACGACCCGAACAAUCCGUUUGUUUUGAACGCAAAUAUAGUGGUAUCGGGCAGUAAAUGGCGGACUUUAUUGUUCGCAAUCGCCGGUCCAAUCAUGCGUUUCUUCAACAUAUCUGCCAUAAAUCCUUCGGUUCACAACUUCUUUAUUGAUGCCAUCAAAGAGAUUAUCAAACAAAGAAAAGAGGAUACGAAAAGUGAUCGCAAACGCUAUGACUUUCUUCAGCUGAUGAUUGACGCCAACAAAAAUGUAGACAUGAAUGAUGACAAUAGCAGUGCCAAUGAUAAGCUUAUGGAUAUUGAUAUAUUAGCCACAAGUUUUGUUUUCUUAUUGGCCGGUUAUGAGACAACGGCUACAUUGUUGGCUCAUUUGGUCUAUUUGUUGGCUAUUAAUCCGGAAGCUCAGCGCAAAUUGGUCGACGAAAUCCGCGGUCAUUGUGACGCCAACGGCCAUAUUGAUUACGAGACAAUUAUACGGUUGCCCUAUUUGGACGCCUGUAUAUCGGAAGCACUACGAAUGUAUAGCCCGGCUCCGCAAACAGGUCGGGUGCCCUCUCAAGACUACAAAUUAGAAACAGCCAAUACGGGAAUCACAGUAGAAAAGGGUAUAACAAUAAUCAUACCGAUUCACGCUCUACAUCACUGUCCCGACUACUUUCCGGAACCGAAACAGUACCGACCGGAACGCUUCCUACCGGAAAAUCGUGAUAAAAUCAUACCCUACACCUAUCUGCCGUUUGGUGCCGGUCCACGAAAUUGUGUGGGUAUGCGUUUUGCGCUUAUGGAGGCCAAGGCUAUAGUUGCCCGGGUGCUCAUAAAAUAUGAAUUUCUACGAACAGCUAAUACCAAAGUUCCCUUAAAAUACGUACAAAAGUCAAUGUUUGCCGUACCCUCUGAUUUUACGGUAGGCGUACAGUACAGGCAAACGGUUAGGACAUAA